ACGUCAUCGUUUGGAGGCUGAACUUGGUCUGUUACGGUCAUCUCCAUUUAUUCUUAUCGCAUCUGUGCCCCCCGCUUUUCUCUGAAUCUUUCUCUUCAACUUCUCAAAUCGACGCUCUCUGUCUCUCUCUCUCUCUCUCUCUCUCUAAAGAAAUUAUGGCAUCCAAUAGGGGUCAUGGUGGAAUUCAGCAGUUGCUGGCUGCAGAGCAAGAAGCUCAGCAUAUCGUCAAUGCUGCCCGAAGUGCUAAAAAUGCUAGACUGAAGGAAGCCAAAGAUGAGGCCGAGAGGGAGAUUGCUGAAUACCGUGCCCAUGUGGAGGCUGAGUUCCAGAAGAAAGUUCAAGCGAGCAGUGGAGAUUCAGGGGCCAAUGUGAAGCGUCUUGAAUAUGAAACUGCAGAAAAGAUCAAUCACCUCUCGACAGAGGGCUCAAGGAUAUCGAAUGAUGUUGUGCAAAUGCUUCUGAAGCAGGUGACGACAGUGAGAAACUAAUGCUAUUGGUGAUAAAUUAUAAUUUCAAACUCUUUGCAAGCAUUGUACUCUUGUUGCCUGAUUCAUCCUAUUCCUUAGACUUGCGGUGCUGUGGUUGGUAUCCUCGUAUCCUUUUUUAAUCAUUGGAAUGAGGUUUUAUUUGGCACAAUCCUUGUAACACUUACUAUUAUUUUCGAGUGGAGUGCAAUUUUAACAGUUAUGAAAAAUAUUUGAAUUGGGGACCUA